UGGUGGUGGACGGGGUGGGGAGCUCGCGAGGGAGAGGAGAGAGGGUGACGCGUUGUGGUCGUUCUCUCGUUCCCCUGGCUCGUAGCUACCACUCCAUUGGCUCGGUGGCUCCGUGACGCGACAGCGUGGCUCUUCUUUUUAUCCAGAGAGCACCGCUUGUGCAUUUCCACACCACACACGCGCACAUGCUCGGGUAGCGGUCGAGCGCUCCCCUCGCCGGCGCCACAACUCCGCCGCUAACGAAGCUUCACGGGCAGCACGCACCAGCGAGCCCUCUCGCGCUUAUAACCAGACGCGCUCACACACACACAUGCCACUGCCGCCGCUUAAUAGAUCUGCGCACGACCUUCCCUUCAUAGCCGUCCUCUCCUGCCACCGCGAUGCGCAAGCCCUGGCUGCCAGAUGCUGUCGCGUCAAGCCUUGAAGGAAAGGGAUAAUAAUAAUAAGGUUUUCCCCAUGCCACGUGGAGGAGUCGCCCGCUGCCCACGUGCCACCCAGAUGCCAAGAGCGGCGGCGGUGACGCGAGGCGGCGCACGGGAUGGGCUGCGCUUGGGUCAAACAGCGACGUUAAAGACCGCGGCGGCAUCGCUCUGUGUCCCAUCGUCCUGGCUGCGCAUUGGAGGGAGCUCCACGUAGGAGCGAGAGCACGAAGAGAGACAGAAAGCAUCGUAGACACGGAGAGGAGGAGGAGGGAGGGGAGGAGCAGGAGGGCACUGGGGGAGCCCCAUCCGACAUCGCGUUCGUCCCAUCAUCGCCACCUGUCGCGUCGGACGAGGCGCAGCGAGGGUCAUUGGAGUCCGUUGUACUCAACCCCCGGCGCUUGCCCGGGCCUCAAAGAGCUCUGCCAGCACCAUGGACAGCGACGCGCUCCACAACGCAUCGGGCGCGAAUUCGACCAACGCGACCUCGCCGAGCGGCGACGCCGCCUACAGCAGCAACUUCAACAAGACCGUGGAGGAGGUGCUCAUCGCCAUAGUGGCCGGCUCGCUGAGCCUUGUCACGGUGGUGGGCAACAUCCUGGUGAUGCUCUCCAUCAAGGUCAACAGGCAGCUCAAGACGGUCAACAAUUACUUCCUCUUCAGCCUGGCAUGCGCGGACUUUUUCAUCGGCGCGUUUUCCAUGAACCUCUACACCAUGUACAUCAUCGUGGGCGAGUGGCCGCUCGGCGCGGUCGUGUGCGACCUGUGGCUCGCUCUGGAUUACGUGGUGAGCAACGCGUCCGUCAUGAACCUGCUCAUCAUCAGCUUCGACCGCUACUUCUGCGUGACCAAACCAUUGUCAUACCCGGCCAGGAGGACGACAAAAAUGGCCGGGCUCAUGAUUGCCGCGGCGUGGAUCCUCUCGUUCAUCCUGUGGGCGCCGGCUAUUCUCUUUUGGCAGUUCAUCGUGGGCAAGAGGACGGUGCCAGAGAAGGAGUGCUCCAUUCAGUUCCUCUCGAACCCCGUGGUGACCUUCGGCACGGCCAUCGCGGCCUUCUACCUGCCCGUGGUCAUCAUGACAGUGCUGUACAUCCACAUCUCGUACGCGAGCAAGAGCCGCGUGAGGAGAGAGCACAAGAGGGAGAACAAGAAAGAGCGGCAGCCCAGGUUCGCCAUCUUCACCAAGUGCAGGUUGUUCCGCAAAAACAACGGCGAGCCCACCGCCACGGCCAACGCCGUUAACGCCGCUAACGCCGCUAACGCCGCCGCCGCUGCCACCGCCGCCGCCGCCGCCAUCGCCACCGCAGCCGCGAUGAACAACGCCAGCAGCGUCCGUCCCGAGCAGGGGAAGUUCAAGAACGGGACGGUGGAGUGCAACGAGGGCGACAAGGGCGCGGAGUUGGAGGAGAAGGACCUCUCCAACGAGUCCACGUCCCUGAGCGUCGUGCCCUCUCAUCACAAGGACGAGCUGGGGAACGAUGUGCUUCAGCAGCUGCCCAACUGCAGCGGCGCAAAGCCGCUCAGAAAGCCAUCUCCGUCGAAGGCGACCAAAGUAAAAGUCGUCACGAAAGCGGAGGGUGCCGACGGCCGCUCCACGCGGGUGCAGCUGGUGCAGGCCGACGGCACCGCUGCUGGCGCCGGCAGCGUUGAAGGAGGAGGGGGCGGCAGUGGUAGCGCAGGAGACGGCGAUUCGAAGUCCGCCGAGAGCAAACAGAAGGUGACGGUGGCGGCGGCAGCGGCGGCGGCGGCUGCGGCGGCGCCGCCCGUGGCGAGGAAGUUCGCCAACAUCGCCAGGAGCCAAGUGCGCAAGCGGCGGCAGGCGGCGGCGCGCGAGAAGAAAGUGACGCGGACCAUCUUCGCCAUCCUGCUGGCCUUCAUCAUCACGUGGACGCCAUACAACGUGAUGGUGCUCAUCAACACGUUCUGCAGCUCGUGCGUGCCCAACACCGUCUGGAUAAUCGGCUACUGGCUGUGUUACAUCAACAGCACCAUCAACCCGGCGUGCUAUGCGCUCUGCAACGCCACUUUCAAAAAGACGUUCAAGCACCUGUUGCUGUGCCAGUACAAAAACAUCGGGCAGGCCAGAUGAGGGGGGGGGGGGGGGGGG